GUUGUGGUUGCAGCUAUGGUUAUCAUCGAUUCAGAGAACUCAACGAAAAUGUUCCGCUUCAUUCUACCUCUUGGUUGCCUGAUUGCGGUUGCCCUUGGUGAACCCCAAUGGGGAUAUGGUGCACCCUACGCCGGUCAUCAUGGUGCUGCACCUCUUGGAGCUGAUGGCAGGGUAGUGGACACCCCUGAGGUUCAGGCUGCCAAGGCCUCGCAUUUGGCAGCUCUUGCUGAUGCAUCUGCGAGGGUUGGUGCCCCUCAUGCUCCAGGUGCCUAUGGAGCACCAGCUGGCGCUUGGAAUCCCGGAUGGAAUGGAGCACCAGCUCCCUAUGCCCACGGCGCACAGUAUGCAACACGUUAUCACGGUCCCCCAGCUCCUCUUGGUCCAGAUGGAAGGGUAGUUGACACCCCUGAAGUUGCUGCAGCUAAGGCUCAUCACUUCUCGCUGUACAAUGCUGUCGCACAGCACGCUCCUGCUGGACCAGUUGCUCCUGCUACUUCUCCUGGUCAUUAUGACUCUGGGGCAUACAACCCAGCCUGGGACAGCCCGUCAUACGAUGGCUCGUGGAAUGGUCAUAACUAUACCAGACAAGCAACGGAUGGCUAUAAAAGUGAAUCCUGUGAUAGCAUAGUUGAUAGUUUUCCUGUGUCGAGAACAAUGAAAACAUUGAUUGUGCUUGCAGUAUUGCUGGCUGUUGCCUCGGCAUCACCAACUUUGAUUGCAACUCCGAUAGUGUUAGCAAGACUCAAUCCCCCAGUCCUUGGUGCACCCCUGGGUCCUGAUGGACGAGUAGUGGACACCACCGAGGUGGCGAUUGCCAAAGUGGAGCAUGAAGCUGCCCAGAAUAAUCAACGGGAGCUACUUGCAGCUGCAGGUGCUGGAGCUACUGAUAAUUCAGAUGAAGCUCCAAUUGGUUCAGACGGUAGAGUCAUUGACACAGCUGAAGUCGCCCUUGCCAAGGUUCAACACGCCAACGCCCAACUUGCUGAGAAGGUCCAUCACGUCGCAGCUGUAAAUCCAGGGUCUUCAUUGAUCGCUGUUGCUUCAGCCCAGAGCACUCCCCUCAUCGCAUUGGAUGGAAUUCUGUACUAAAUUUCAUUGGAUUUUCUGUGCACAACUCCUUGCUGAAUCUGCCCCUGAGAGUCUUGAUUUUUCUUUAUCGAUUAUCUAUCACGACCUGUUCUCUUCUAUCUGUCAUGUUUUAUGUCAAAUUGUUUUUAUCUACAAUGUAUUUUUCAAACGCAAAUCAGUCAAAUAAAUUCUGGUUAUUGUCA